AUGGCUGACAAAACCCGUUCUUCAUUUCUGCCUCUCAUCUCCCUUCUUGUUGUCCUUCUUGCAAUAACAGGGCAAGCAGUUGCAGGACGAAGUGUCCCAACCAAAGAUGACAAGAAACAACCUGAGUGGUUUAUUGGCCAUGAUGGCAGCUAUCUCAUUCCAGGCAUUGGGCGUGUGAUAUUCCCACCACUGCAUAAUGUUGUACCUCAGACUCCAUUCCCCGACAACGGCAGCACCGGCAGCACCGGUGGAAGUGGAAGUGGAGGAGCGCCAAGUACUGGUCAUGACUAUGUUCCCGGUGGCGACGAUACAUUCGUCCCAAACCCUGGUUAUGAGGUUCCAAACCCUGGCAAUGGUGCUGGUACCCCACCAACCCCAUUGAGUCCCUGA